AUGUCCGCCCGUCUCCUCGUCCAUUUUCUGGCCCUUGCGCCCAUGGCACUGGCCGGCACCAUCCAGUACCCCGAGGUCGUCCCUGGUCCUGGUCUUCCCAGUCUCCAGGAGCUGGGCCUCACAACAGAGCAACUGUACAGCAUGGGGCCACCCGAACCCGCCGACCUUGAGGCCUUCUCUGCCAACUUUGUCGGCAAGUGCGGUCCCGCCGACGCCGCGUACACCAACGUCAACGGCAUCAUCGCCUGCUACCACUACCUGAAGAACCUCGGCACCCAGAGGUGCACGACUCCAGGCAACUACAAGAGCAUCGAGUUCUGCCACUCUGGUGACGCCUCCAUCACAGGCACCUCGCUCAAGAGCAACGGCGCUUCCUCAUACUGCCGUGAUGUUGCUUCUGGUCUUCUCUGGGUUGUGGACCACUGCACGCGACCAAACCAGAGCUGCGCUGGAGCUCAAGCUGCGGGUGGUAAUGGCAAUCUUGUGGUGUUUGGGGGCAGCAAGAAGUGGACGGGCUUCAUAACUGCGUGGGUUGAUUUGGCCUGA